AUGUCAUCACCACAAGCAACAGAGGGGCCAGAGGUUUCUCUAUGUGAUGUUGUUUCAGAAAGUGAAAGUGCUGCCAAACCACACAAACAAGACAUGAGGAGGAGGAGGGAGACACGGCCGAGCCCAUUCAAAGUGCCAGAUGAUAACAGCAUUUUUCUACUGAGUGCAAAUGAAAAGGAGGAACAGAAAGAGGAGAUGCGUAAAUUCCUGGCUCUGCCAAUUGAUAAGAAGACAACCCACGCUGUGCGAAUGAUGGCCAAGAUUAAGAAAGAGCUGGUGGGUGACCUGGAGGAGGAGGAGGAGGAGGAGAGGGAGAAGAUGAAGAAUCUAAAACAAAUAAAGGCUAAACCAAAUGUCCCUAAGCAAACACCAGGCAGACAUGAGCUGAAGAUUGCCAUGAUGAAACGAGAAAACAUAUCGAAAGACAGUAAACACGACUUGAUCUUCAUGGAACGACAGAAAGCAGUGUUGGAGUUAUCUCUGAUGACCAAGAGGAAUGAGAUUUUGAAGAUGGACAAGGCCACAGCGAAGGAGGAGAGGCAGCUGAAACAGCUUGAAAGGAUCAUUGAGAGAGACAACCUCAGCUUCGAAGAGUUCCUCCGGGAGAACGAGAAGAAGUCUGUGGAGGCCAGAACCUUUUUUGAACGAGAGGCCAAGUCCAAACAGGAGAAGAACACAGAGAUCAAGAAACUGACUGCUGAAGUGGGGACCAUAAAAAGUGAACUCGCCAAGUUUGAUGAAAUCCUGGUGGACUACAAGAGGUACAAGGAGCUGCUGUUCAAACUGUCUCCUGCAGAGUGGCAGGAGGCCCAGAGAGAGAAGGCUGUGAAAACUAAAGUCCUGUCUGACGAAGACUCCCGGGACAAACAGGAGCUGGAGGAGUCUGCAACUAGGAACGGUUUGGAGGGCAACGUGUCAAGUUCAGGUAGAGAGCAGCCUUCUGUCAGAGAGACGAGGUUGUCCUCAGCCCACAGCGACUCACUAAUCCCAAAUUCUGAUCAGGAUGGUGACGGCUCAGAGUUUGAGGAUGAGCCAGAGCUCUACUUCUCUGAUCCCCAACAGCUCUUAGAUCUGGUGACCGAGCUGACGGAGCAGAACUUGUCCCUGAUCCAGAACUCGACAAGGGUGGAGAAGAUGGUGGUGGUGCUCCGACAGUCCAUGGACACAGCCAGGGACAAGAUUGAAAAGGAUGAAGAGCAGCUAACGCUACAGAUAAGUGACAUCAACCAGAGAAUCAGCAAGGAGAAGGCGAGAGGCAACAGGCUCAAACAGAAAGUUCAGCUUCAUGUCUCGUUGAACACUGAGGACCAAGAUGUGAUGCUGGAUGCUCUUGGCGAGAAGGUGGCGGAGGUGCACCGCAGCUGUGUGGACGACAGGAUGACCAACCUCAGCACCUUGGAGAAGCUGGCCACUAUUGAGAACCAUCUGUCUUUACUGCUGCAGAGCCUGGAGAGCAUCCCUGAAGAAAGCUUGGAUAUGAUGAAGAAGAUAAAGGACAGUGAGAGGAGGACCAGGGAGCGUGAAGAAAAACUGAUAGAGCAGAAAGAGAAGCAGAAAGAAAGGAUGAGGAGGUAUAUGGAGCGAUCCCUGGCUGACUCUAAGAAAAUAAGUGGGAGAAAGCUCAUGCCUAGAUGUUUGCCUGUUACCCAGAAAGUCAAAGUCAGCAACGUGGAUAACAGCCACGCUGAGGAUGAGCUCCAUGCCUACCUCUUCACUGCUGAGGACUGA